AUGGGCGAUCCAGGAUCUCCGGAUCGACCUCCUCCCAGACCGAAUAACCAACCUCAAAUAACGGUCAAAGAAAACGACACUACGACGGGAAGUCCAGAGAACCCGGAUAACUACCUACCGAAACUCAGCAAAAAUUUUACGCUACCGAGAUUCAACGGCGAUACCAAGCAAUACCGAGGGUUCAUGGACACAUUCGACGCUUUCGUCCACGUGAGAUCGAUCCCAAAGCUCCAGAAGAUCAUCCUCCUCGAAGACGCUCUGUCAGGCAGAGCCCUCAACGCCGUGAGACACCUCAAUCUGCGAGCAGAAAACUACGAACCUAUGAAAGCGCUCCUCGAGGAGGAAUUCGGUCGGACAAACUGCGCUGUGGACGCUCACAUCCAUGAAAUGGAGAGGAUCCUGUCAACCGGAGGAGAGAUCACGCUCGAUAAGUUACCCAAUGUUGUCAAUUUGGUUACUAACAACACACAGCGCAAGUUCCUGGAAACCUCCAGUCCCCUUCCCCACAGCACAGACUACCUCGAGGUCCUCAUCAGGUUCAUGAAAGCAGAAGCACGCAGGACGGGGGAGCUCCGAGCGAAACAAGGGUCAGCGAGGAAACAAUUCUCGAACACCCCAAUCGCUAAGAGCAACCACCAAGCGCAGAGCAGACCGAGCCCCAGCGGAACCUACCGCCCCAGGAAUCCAUUCUACAGGGGAAAACCCAAUCAGGAAGGGUCGGAGUCCCUCUCAUACAAGAACCCCUCCAAUAGCUUCCACAUCAACUCGACCACAUCAAGGAUCCCGAGCUGUCCAGUCCCAAACACCCCGAAGCCAUCACAGGCUACCCCAUGCUUCUUCUGCCAGGCAGACCAUCCCCCGUACAAGUGCACCGCUCAGCUCACCCAUCAAGAGCGCAUGGAGAGAGUCGCCGCGGCGGGAGCGUGUCUACGCUGCCUCAAACUCAACCACCUGGCAAAGAACUGUAAGGAAGGACCGAAAACCAGUUGUCGCUUCUGCAACUCUACGCACUGCGCGAUCAUCUGUAGCAAGGCUCCCAUCCAGCAGAAUCUACCUCCGACGAAGCACACCUCGGUAAACCUAAACAACGAUCCGGACGAGGAACAAGUAUAUCUCUGGACAGCCCACGUGAUCGCUGAUGAGACCAAAACACAGAGCCACAUCUGUAGAAUCCUCAUCGAUCCAGGAUCGGAAUCCUCCAAUAUCACCGAAGCAAUGUCAAGGAAGCUCAACUCCUUCCCGUCAUCUCGGGUCAAGAAGACCAUGUCAACAGCUGGAGGCCAGGUCUCGAAUAUCCACAACUGUGGCAUACACGAUUUUAUCCUUCGAAGCAGAUUCGACCCGGAAAAAAUCCUUCAGCUCAAAGCAAUCGAACUCAAAUGCAUCUCUCGUUCCAAAUUCCCCAUCAUGAAUCAAAACUUCGGUCUUCAUCCAGCAGCCGAUCAGGUGGGCGACAAGGGAACGGAAUGGGUCGAUAUACUCUUAGGAGCGAAAAACCUCUCCAAGCUAGGCUUCACCAACCCAAAAUCAUUCGGCAAUAUCUUCGCCUUAGAAUCCAUUUUCGGCUGGGUAUUCGGUGGAAGCGCAGGAUCAUCCAGGAUGCAUAGCCCACUCAACAGAUUCUGCGGCUUUGUAUCAGCACAACCGUGUACACCCCGAGCCCAGAGCAAACAAUCAGGAACACCAGCGAGCAACCCAUCUCCGGACAAAACCGACGACCCUUCAGGGAACCGGCAAUCAACCAAAGAUGACAUAGACUGCCUUUGGCUUUCGGAAGAUCUAAGAUUGGAGGAUGACCCAUCAAACGAGCAGACGGAGGGAGAAGACGCCCUCAACAAGGCCCUCAUAGAACACUUCGAAAAGACCACCACCAGAGAUCGGUCGGGAAGAUACAUACUCAGACUUCCCUUCCGUGACAACAUCCAUGCUCUAGGAGACAACGAGAACCUGGCUAGAUACAGGCUAUUCUCAUUCCUGAAGAAACUCAAGGACGACCCUGUAAAGCUCAGAGCAGUAGAUGAAGAAAUAAGAGCAUACAUCGAUGCCGGGUUCGCCGAGAAAGCAGAACCAAGGGAAGAUGGUCAGCUAGCUCACUAUCUCCCCAUCCAAGCCGUCUUCAAGCACAACCCAGAUACCCCCUCGGGACUGAAGACCAGAGUCGUCAAGGAUGCUAGCGCUAGGCGGUCCAUCGAAGCAGGAUUGAAUGAUGUACUCCAUCAGGGGCCGAACCUCCUUCCAAACCUGAUCAAAGUCAUCAUGAAAUUGCGGCGGAGGAUCGCACAUUCUUGCGAUUCCUCUGGCCCCUCGGCAUAUCAUCAAACGGCAUGGCCAGGACUCAAGAAUUCUGGGCGACCAGGCUGGACUUCGGUCUAG